AUGUCUCUAGAGGGAGGAAUCAGGAUCAUCGAGGUUUGUCAGAUGAAGCAAGCUCUGUUCCUGAUCCACGCUAUGGCCGCAGUGUUGGACCUAUGGGGUGCCACCCAGGGAGGGGUUGUUGUUGGUGCUCAAGACAUGAGCCCUGACACUGGCUACGGUUCGUUUAGAGUGAUGUCAAGUGCUCCUUGCAGCCUGCGGGAUUUGGAGGUUGCAUUAGUAGUCAUGCUUAGGGCCUCGGUGGCCCCGACCAACCCUGCUGCUCACGAACCCCAUAUCAAUUAA